AUGCAUUCACAAGAAAUUUUCAAUCAAUUAUUAAAUGACUUAAAACUUCAAACCUCAGAUCUUUUAAGUAUUAACUAAGAAAAAUUCUUUCAAAAAUAGGCACAACCAUCUGAAUUAAUUUUAAUUUCAAGGAAUGUUGGAAAAAUUAAUAAGCGUAAUACAGAGUAAUAAAGAACCCUUGUGGUGACAAGUGAAAAUUUAUAUAAUAUUGAUAAAAAAACAAUUAAAAGAAAGAUUUAAAUCCAAAAAAUUUUUGGUAUUACAGUCUCUAGAUCAAGUUUUGAAUUUAUUUUGCAUGUACCCUCAGAAACUGAUUAUCGCUAUAGAUCUCAAGAAAAUAGAGAUAUUAUAUUAUAUUACCUUUCAAUUUCACUUAAGUUAAACAAUAAGGAUGGCUUAAAAAUUUACAUUGUUGAUUAAGAAGAUCUUUAACAAUUUUGUUUGUAUUAAAAAGCUACUGACCUUUAAAAAUAAAUUGCAUUACAUCCUAAAACUAAAUUAUCUUUUCUUUAUCCACAUGAUUUUUAACUACAAUAUAUUAACAUUCUAAAUCAACCUAUUAAAAGUUUGAAUCCUAAUCACAAAAUCACUGUGCUCUUUGUUCAUGAUAAAUUGAAAUUUAGAGUUAAAUUAGAAGAAUAUGUUAAAAAUUACAUUAUUGCAUCAGGCUCUUUGACUAAAAUAUAUUUGCUAAACCAUAAAAAUGAUCGUCAAAAAGUUUUAGUUUUAAAAACAAUUCGAUCUUCUGAUAUAGAUAUAGAUUUAAUGGAAUUCUUUCUUAAAAAUUAUGAAAUUGAGCCAUUCAUGGAAUAAUUGGAAUUAUGCGUAAGACAAACCGAUCUAAUUCACUUUUUCUUUAAGUUUGUAAAAGGAGGUGAUCUUUUUGCUCAUUUAUAACAUUAAGACUCUUUUACAGAAACUUAAGCCAAAUAUAUUAUUGCUUAGGUUGGAAUGGCUUUAUAAAGUGUUCAUGAAAAAGGAAUAACAUAUGGAGACUUAAAACCAGAAAACAUUUUAAUUGAUGAAUAAGGAUAUAUUUAUUUAACUGAUUUUGGCUUUGGUAAAUUAAGACUUUAUUAGGAAUAGAAAAAAUAACAGAACGUCAACUUUUCUGUUGAGUAUGUAUCUCCAGAAUAUUUGAAACAUGGAGAUUUGACUAGAAUGUCUGAUUGGUAUGGAAUGGGAAUAUUACUUUAUGAAUUACUUAUGGGUAUAUCUCCAUAUUACAAUGCAAAUACAGAAGUCACGAUUAAAUUGAUUUGUUAAGGAGAUUUACAUUUUCCAAAAGGAGUUACUAUUUCAAUGGAGUGCAAGGAUCUCAUUUCAAAAUUAUUAAAGCAAGAUUCUUCAACAAGAAUAGGAUUCUCGAAUGAUUUCCAAGAAAUAUAAGCUCAUCCCUGGUUUUAAGAAAUAGACUGGCUUGAACUAAAACAAAAAAAAAUAAAAUUGCCUUACGUUCCUGAAGGCACUCUUAUAUCAGAAUAAUAUAUAAAAAAGUAAUAAUUAAGUGAUGAUGAAAGGGGUUGGUACUGAAAUUGAGAAUAAGC